CACAUUUUCUGGUCCAAGGUUUAAAAACCAACCCCUGUGUCUCUAAUCUCUCUCAUUUGUUCUUAAAUUUUGUAUCUUCGGCACAAUUUUUCUUUUUAUUUCUUCUUUGAUUAAUCUUUUUAAUCAAAGAUUUUAGUUUGAUCCACAUGGGCUCAAGUUUGUGCUGUUUACGCGAUCCAGAUACCACCAGAAGUACGAUGGGAAUCACUAGCACCUUCUCCGUGGAGGAGCAAGAGCUUCAGUUAAAGGCAGCCAGACGUGAGGAGCAAAGACUUCGCCGUGAAGCCGAGAAAGUUAACGCAUUGGUCAGACAUGAAUCAGCCAAAUUCGACUAACGUCCAUAGUUGACCAUUGCUUUCAUAUGUUCUUGUAAAGUAUAGAUUGUAAGAAAAGUAUUAUGCA